GCGACAACUGGUCAGAAUGUCUCCGACUCUGACAAAUGCCGUCAUGGGCCAGCGCGGGCGGUGAUUGGCGGAGAUGCUAGGGUUUAGGGCUGCGCCACUCGGUAGCGGGCGGACGGAUUGCUUGGAAAUCAACGUCGAAAGUUCUCCUGCCCGCCCGCGAGAAGACCUUUUUCCUUUUCUCCCUUUGGACCUCCCGACACCACCUUUCUCGACAACCCACCCCCAAGGAAGCCAACUUCCCAACCGUCAAAAUGGCCCGCCGUCCCGCGAGAUGUUACCGCUACUGCAAGAACAAGCCCUACCCUAAGUCCCGGUUCAACCGUGGUGUUCCCGACCCCAAGAUCCGUAUCUUCGAUCUGGGACGUAAGAAGGCCAACGUCGAUGACUUCCCCCUCUGCGUUCACCUCGUCUCCAACGAGUACGAGCAGCUGUCCUCCGAGGCCCUCGAAGCCGCCCGUAUUUGCGCCAACAAGUACCUCGUGAAGAUCGCCGGUAAGGAAGGUUUCCACCUCCGCGUCCGCGUCCACCCCUUCCACGUCAUCCGUAUCAACAAGAUGUUGUCCUGCGCCGGAGCCGAUCGUCUCCAGACCGGUAUGCGUGGUGCCUUCGGUAAGCCCCAGGGUACCGUCGCCCGUGUCAACAUCGGCCAGAUCAUUCUGUCCGUCCGCACCCGCGACUCCAACCGCGCCACCGCCAUCGAGGCCCUCCGCCGCUCCAUGUACAAGUUCCCCGGUCGCCAGAAGAUCAUCGUCUCCAAGAACUGGGGCUUCACCCCCGUCCGCCGCGAGGACUACGUCCAGCUCCGCCAGGAGGGCAAGCUCAAGCAGGACGGCGCCUACGUCCAGUUCCUCCGUGGCCACGGUCUCAUCGAGGAGAACAUGAAGCGUUUCCCCGACGCCUACGAGAACCUCUCCCAGGCUUAGAUGUCUGGUCGCCGGUUCGAGUGUUGAUGAUGGGGAAAAAGAAUGUUGAUUAGCAUUUUACAUCGUGUUCUUUCUUUUUUUUUUCUUAUAAUGUGAUCGGAAACUACCCUUUUGAGACCAUUAUGAUUCCCCCCCACCUUCUUCUGGCACAUGAAAGAAAAGAAAGAGAAUCCGUUUUCCCCUAAGCUGCUUGGUGUCUGGAUCUGUACGCUCUCGGAGUUGAACCGGAACCUGUGGUUCACGACGUAGACAAUACCUCCGCUCUGUAGACCCCGAUAACACCCUGCGGAUCCUCACGUCAUGACAGCUUUCCAUCCCCGUCUUACACUUACGAGGCAGCUCUCG